AUGGCGGGCGGCAUGGCAAGUUCGGCUGAUGCAUUACUCGCACGCCAGGAAAACCUUCGAAACGCUAUAGGAAAUUCUUUGGCAAACCUUACUAAGUUGGGCACAGCAAAUUAUUCUAACGCCGUUAUCACAGUUCGUAUGAAUAGCCUAGAUACGAAUUGGAAGGAAUUCAAAAACAAUUAUCUUACUCUUCUUACACUACAAGAAAAUCUAAUUGAACAGGAUUAUAUCAAAAACGAUGUCUAUGCAAAAACCAAGGAAUUUUAUCUGACUGCCCUUGCCACUAUGCUGUCGCUUCUUGAGACUUAUUCUGCGCCGAUACUUCCGACUGCCGCAUCGUCUUCUCAAGCUCCGUCAGCACCUACGUCAUCUUCGCGCAAACUGCCCGAGAUCAAGUUGCCGACCUUCACGGGUGACUACAAGUUGUGGCCAGAGUUUCGUGACUUGUUUAUUUCUGGCGUUUCUUCCAGCUCGUUAUUAAACAACGUUGAAAAGUUGUUUUAUUUAAAAUCGAGUCUGGCCGGAGACGCAGCUGAGCUCGUCCGCGGCAUCUCUCUCGAGGGUGACAAUUUUCAACGGACUUGGGACGCGCUGAAGGAUGCAUUUGAGGUGCCACGCGUGCAAGUUGAUGCACUAUUAAAAGGCUUCUUCUUGAUGAAGUGUGUCAGUGGUGAGGAUGCGGCAGACCUCCGUCGGAUCAUUUCAACCGCCAAAAAUCUUGUCGAAGGCCUUAAAAAUCUUAAACGGCCAACAAUUUCAGACGACGUCUUAGUUUAUAUCCUUGCAAAUAGACUGGACGCCGUAAGACGUCGCGAUUGGGAAAAAUCGCUCGGAACUUCGAGAAAGCCGGCUGCAUUCAGUCAGCUGACUGAGUUUCUCGAGGGACGCAUCCUGACGCUGUCAACCGUAGCCUCAAGGAACGGGAAAGGGCAGCAGUCAAUAGGCAUGCAUGCGCACCAGGCAUCAUACAGAUCGAAGGUGCCGGUAUGUUCUCUCUGCUCCUUGCAUCAUCAGCUGUGGACUUGCGAAGCCUUCAAAGCCAGGAAUUCAAUGCAAAGGAGGGAAUCCGUGCUUGAGAAGCAGUUAUGUGAGAACUGCUUGGGCUCUCACGAAGUUUCAACCUGUUGCUCCGGGAGGACUUGUUUUGUUUGUGGGGCUAAGCACCACACGUCUAUACACGUUAGCGCCUUAACAAACUCCCAUGUGGCUGUCGUCUCUGCCAAUUCUUCUGUGCCGAUUCGAUGCGACGAGCCUCUCAAAGUUUUGGUAAGCGAAACAACAUCUUUUGCGCCAACAUUGCUACCUACAGCAUGGGUCAGUCUGGUGGGGGCGGAUGGCCAGGAACAUUGUGUUCGAGCGUUGAUCGAUCAAGGAUCGCAGUGCUCGUUCCUGUCGCAACGCUUGGCCAACUCACUGCAGCUUCCACGCAGCCCUGCUUGUGUAUCGACCGAUGGAAUAGGUGGUGUUCAUCCUACAGCUGCCCUUGGCCGAAGCAGGAUCACCGUCAAGUCUCGAUGUGCUCCCUACUCUCUUGAUGUGGAUGUGCUUCUGCUUGGGGCGGUCACGUCAUAUCGACCUCGAGUGCAUCGGCCUACCGACGAAUGGCCUUAUCUACGUGACCUGCAGCUUGCCGACCGUUUGGAUUCACCAUCUAGUGAACCAAUUGAACUGCUACUAGGCGCUGCAGUGUACGCCCAAAUAAUACGACCAGGUCUUCGUCAACCUCAGCGUCCCGAUGCACCCAUCGCUCAGCAGACUGCAAUGGGUUGGAUUUUAUCCGGGCCGAUCGGGCAAUCUAAGCUGCUAUCAACUCUAUCAUCGAAUUUCGCCAGAACAUCGACGCAUCCUAAUUUUAUUUUUUCAUAA